AACGAAGAGAACUGGUACAUGCCAAACUUGCUUCGUUUCGCUGCUGUGUUUGUCGUCGAAUUAGUGGACUGCAGCUACGCUAUUUUAGGCUUGGGCGCCACAUUUCACACCCAGUCACUGCGCUAGCUCGGCCCCAUCGAAACUCUCUUCUCUUCUGCGUGCUUCUCGCUUCUCAUCAGUCAUUUGGCCAAGGAACACCUUUAACGGGCUUUACCGUCGUCACUCCGUCGCCAUGGCAGCCCAGGAGCCAGCAUCAAACGUCGCAGACAAAAAGAAAAACACUGCGAGCGGCAUCUCCGGGCGUCCAGGCACAGAACCUCCGAGUGCCGGCGAGCUGAUUACCGUACCUCCCACUGAUGAGCACGUAAUCAAAGCGGCUGGCGUCGACAGGCCUCCCGUAUCCGAAGCAGCGUUCGUGAAGUCAUACGUUGGCGGGUCUGUCGCCAUAGAGCCUCUGUUCAUCAGCGGGCCUACAACGGACGCGCCGCCGUUUCGUAUGCCACAGUCAACCCAGAGGCCGGAAAAAGACUUCGAUUUGAUGUGCCUGUGCCUAGCUACCAUCCUCGGCUUCUUCGUGCUGGCAUUCUUCUUCAUCGUGUCUCGCUACUUCUACCCAGCCGCAACUGUGGCUGGCCUUCGUAGCUGCGGCGACGUCGUUGUCUGGGGCGUGGGCAGCAUGAAAGAAACCACCGCCGACGCCGGAUGCCGGAUGCCGACGCGGGAUUUUGUGCGACACGGGGCCCUUAACGCUUUCGCGUUAAGACACCCAUUCCCUUCUGGUCAUUUGAGAAGACAGCAAGAGCGCCUGGGUGUAAUGUUAUCCUUCAGAAAUCCCCAUGAGUUACUUGAGCUGAGUGGCGGCCCUGCCAGCUGCUUUGUGUUAGGGCACCUCGUACCACGCUACUCUCUACAGGGUAGGGACACGUCCAGCAUCGCCGCCAUAUCAUAUGUGUCGGAGCACAUAACUGCGCGCUAUGACAAACACUGCAAAUUUAGGAUCUGGCUCCGUUGACUCUAUUAAAGUUACUUAUUUUUGUAGUUUUA